AUGCACCUCGCCACCUCGCCUGAUUCGCUUGCCUAUCGCUCGCCUGCACGCCGCCCCGGAGGCAUCCUUCCUCUUAUGGCUGCUGCUGCUGCAUCCCUCCCUGCCUGGCUGCAGCACUGCAGCAGCAAGACGGAACGACGCGCAACCCAGUCGCCGCCGCCCCUCCAGCCAGCCACGCCGCCGCCGACGUUGCCCUAUCUCGUGGCGAAUCACGUUGCCGGGCCCUUCCCCCUUCCUUACGUGUCCCUCCAGCGCACCCCAUAUAACCCCUCGACAUCCGCUCCCACCAGCGUCCAAGAUCACCCCACCCAUCAGUCAUUGCUUGCCUUGGUAGCCGAGCUCCCUCUGCCGCGCAUCCUACCCUCCCCAUUCCUGUCGGAAUCCCCCCUCUGGACACUCUUCGCCUCGCUCUCGCACAGAAGAGUUCAUCUGCUCAAUAUGGGUGCUUGGAACAACUUUGUCGACGGCUUCAAGCCCGAGGUCACCGACGAGACCGCCUCGGACUCGUCGCCAUCCAACUACAACGAGAAGAACGAGAAGGACUUUGAGUCUGGCAAUGUCGUUGCCGGCUUCAAGGCGCCUGGUGAAGAGAGCGGCCUCAAGCGCAACCUGCACGGCCGCCACGUCCAGUUCAUCGCCCUCGGUGGCUCCAUCGGUACCGGUCUCUUCAUCGGAUCCGGUGGCUCGCUCGCCGCCGGUGGUCCCGGUUUCCUCAUGAUCGACUACAUCCUCAUCGGUAUCAUGCUUCUCCAGGUCGUCAUGGCCCUCGGUGAGCUUGGUGCUAUCUUCCCCGUCGCCGGUUCCUUCGCUGCCUACUCGUCCCGCUUCAUCGACCCCGCCGUCGGAUUUGCCAUGGCAUACAACUACUGGCUCCAGUGGCUUAUUGUCCUGCCCCUCGAACUCGUCGCCGCUUCCAUCGUCAUCAGCUUCUGGGACCCCAGCGAGGUCGUACCCAAGGGCGUCUGGGUCGCCAUCUUCCUCAUCGUCAUCAUCAUCAUCAACCUCUUUGGUGUGCGUGGUUACGGUGAAUUCGAGUUCUUCGGCUCGCUCAUCAAGGUCCUUGCCGUCAUUGGCUUCAUCAUUGCCGGUGUGGUGAUCAACGUCGGCGGUGGACCCGACGGAAAGUACUAUGGUGCAGAGACGUGGCACAACCCCGGCGCCUUCAGGAACGGCUUCAAGGGUUUCUCCUCGGUUUUCGUCAGCGCCGCUUUCGCCUUUGCGGGUACCGAGCUCAUUGGACUUGCUGCAGCCGAGACGGCCAAUGCGCGCAAGGAAAUUCCAAAGGCCGCCAAGCAGAUUUUCAUGCGCGUCACCAUCUUCUACGUCGUCUCGCUCUUCGUCGUCUCGCUCCUCGUCCCAUACACCGACGACCGUCUUGGAUCCGGUUCCUACGAUGCCAGGGCGUCCCCAUUCGUUAUUGCGAUCAGCAAUGCGGGCAUUUCCGUGCUUCCAAGCAUCAUGAACGCUGUGAUUCUUGUCUCGGUGUUGUCCGUCGGAAACACGGCGGUCUACGCUGCUUCGAGGACGCUGCAGGCCAUGGCUACGAUCGGACAGGCUCCCAAGAUCUUCACCUACAUUGACCGCAACGGACGACCCGUUCCUGCCGUCAUUCUGUCGCUCAUCUUUGGUCUGCUCGGCUUCCUCAUCUACGCCGGUGACAACGCGCGCAACACCACCUUCAACUGGCUGCUCGCCAUCUCGGGUCUCUCGACCAUCAUCAGCUGGCUCUGCAUCUGCAUCUCGCACGCCCGCUUCCGCCUCGCCUGGAAGAAGGCCGGCCACACGCUCGAGGAGCUCCCCUGGAAGUCUCCCUUCAGCAUCUACGGCUCGCUCUACGGCGCCGCCUUCAACGUGCUCGUCAUCAUCCUCACCUUCUACACUGCCGUCUGGCCCAUUGGCGAGGGUGACAUGACCAAGAGCGAGCGCGCCACUGCCUUCUUCCAGAGCUUCAUCUCGGUGCCCAUCGUCGUCUUCGUCUUCUACUUGCCUUACAAGUUUAUCAAGCGUACUCGCGUCAUCCCCAUCGACGAGAUCGACAUCAGCACCGGUCGCCGCGACCCCGUCCCCGUCGAGGUGCUCCGCCGCGAGCGCGAGGAGGCUGCCGCCCGUCCUGUCUACAAGAAGGUCUGGGGCUUCUUCUUCUAA